AUGUGGCAUUCGUCCCUCCGUUACGUGUCCUUCAAGCGGCUGCCGUUCGGGCGUCGCUCAACGUCUGGUGGUGUCAAUUUCAACAAAGGGCUCCUCACAGACCGGGAACGCGGCGAUCCCUUCACGGAGCCACAUGCAUACCGAAACAAGAAGAGCAUAGCAGCCAUCAGCAAGGUGGCAAAAAAACAAGAUAUUCUUCUUCGUGAAGAGAAGCAGCGAAAAGAGUUGGAUAAGAUACAGAGUGGCUACGUAACUGAGAGAGAACUUCAUAUUGGAUGCGACAAGCCCCUGGGAGGUAACGCCAACGAAAUCGCAAGAGUAAUUGAUGAACAGGCGCUCAUCUCGCCCACACCCGGUGAAAAGUGCUCUACCGCGUUGCGGGAAUUGAUGGAAAAUGAGGUUGACCGUCGAAACCACAUGAUGGAUAAAUUUGGACAGCCCGUCGGUGCGAGGGAGUUCCACCGGUUGUUCAAGGAACUGCGCCACGCGGAUAAUGAAGCAGAAACUAUUGAACGCCAUCAAACACGGUUGGUGGAAGAGUACGGCGUGUAUCCUUCCCUACGCCUUGAUGCUUACAUGCUUGAUGACGAUACGUAUUUUCCUGAGUGGGUGAAUGCACUCCCUUAUAGCAUACGAGACCGAGUAAAGUUUGGCUCACUCGGCUUGACGGAGAAGGAUGAGGCCCUUCGCGUUACCCUAGGGCGCAUGCCAUUGGAUAGACGAAGGCGUGAGUGGGAGCGAUUGAAAAAGGCAAAGGAGUACAAGGCAGCAAAGGAAGAAACACUUACGUUAGCUGAGUUGCGUGAUGCGCGGCAAGGCAAACGACGCUUUCAUUGGCUUCAGCGGAAGCGCCAAAAGCGUGCAUCAAUACUUAGGCGGUUGGCCCUGAGGAAACCGGACGCAUUCGAACUAUGGCCCUCUCGCGUCGUAGACUAUAGUCAGCGAAUCGCGUUCAUUGCGCAACAUGUGGAAAAUGGGCUGGAUACCAAGGGACAGUGGCCGUUGGAUCCCGAGGAACUAGCGCGAGCCCGUGUGAGGCGAAGCAAGGAAGAGGCAGAACGUACUUUUCUUAUGAGCGCGGAGGAGAAGCGUGCGCACAAGAAGCUAAGUGGCAGAAGCGGGGAUGGCAGCAUUGCCGAGAUGCUACAAUCCUUGGAGGUCCCCGAUAAACCCUUCAAGAGGCUUUCCCGAAAGGUUUAUGCGAACAGAGUAAAUGCCAUCGUCCACGGCGACCAGGAUGAAUACGGACGGCGUUACCGCAAGAUGGAGACUCGCUCAAAGCGCCGGAUGCGUCCGUACGCAUCACUUGGGGAGAUAGGACUUGAAAAUGAGCUACGGAAGGAACCAAGAAUUAAUGCAAAGGGAUUGAACAACACGGAUGAUGAGGAUUGGCCACGGCACACCAAGUCGUGGGGAGACGGGAUGCCGUCCAUGCGUUAUGGCUCCUGA